AUGGGGCUCUGCCAUGGAAAACCUAUCGAACAUCAAUCGAAGAAGAGCCUCCCAAUCUCUUCCAACGACACCGAUGAGGAAGCACCUAAGCCAUCGAAAUCAUCAGGGUUUCCGUUUUACAGCCCUAGCCCAUUACCUAGCCUCUUCAAAACCUCACCUGCCGUAUCCUCAUCGAGCGUGAGCUCCACGCCACUUCGUAUCUUCAAGCGACCUUUCCCACCUCCAUCACCUGCAAAGCAUAUACGCGCUCUCCUCGCGCGUCGUCACGGUUCCAUCAAGCCCAACGAAGCAUCCAUCCCUGAAGGCAGCGAGUGCGAUGUUGGCCUCGACAAGAAAUUUGGAUUCUCCAAGCAGUUCGCUUCACACUACGAGAUUGAUGGUGAGGUGGGUCGAGGUCAUUUUGGGUAUACUUGCUCUGCUAAGGGGAAAAAAGGUAGCUUGAAAGGUCAAGAUGUUGCUGUCAAAGUUAUUCCCAAAUCCAAGAUGACUACGGCAAUUGCAAUUGAGGAUGUUAGAAGAGAGGUGAAGAUAUUGCGAGCUUUGACUGGUCACAAGAACCUAAUCGAGUUCUAUGACGCCUUUGAAGAUGAUGAAAAUGUUUACAUUGUCAUGGAGUUAUGCAAAGGUGGUGAACUCUUGGAUAAAAUACUUCAAAGGGGAGGCAAAUACUCAGAAGAAGAUGCUAAAAAAGUAAUGGUUCAGAUUCUUAGUGUAGUUGCAUACUGUCAUCUUCAAGGCGUGGUUCAUCGCGAUCUCAAACCCGAGAAUUUUCUAUUCACCACAAAGGAUGAGACUUCUCCUCUAAAAGCCAUUGAUUUUGGUCUCUCCGACUAUGUCAGACCAGAUGAGAGGUUGAAUGACAUUGUAGGAAGUGCUUAUUACGUGGCUCCGGAAGUUUUACACCGUACAUAUGGAACUGAGGCAGACAUGUGGAGUAUUGGAGUAAUUGCUUAUAUACUUCUCUGUGGUAGCCGACCCUUUUGGGCCCGGUCUGAAUCUGGAAUCUUCCGAGCUGUUCUUAAAGCAGAACCCAAUUUCGAAGAAGCUCCUUGGCCAUCUCUUUCACCUGACGCUGUAGAUUUUGUUAAACGUUUGCUGAACAAAGAUUACCGUAAGAGACUAACUGCUGCACAGGCCUUGUGCCAUCCGUGGCUGGCUGGCUCACAUGAAUUAAAGAUACCAUCUGAUAUGAUCACUUACAGGCUCGUAAAAGCAUACAUAAUGUCGUCUUCUUUGAGGAAAUCAGCUUUAUCGGCUCUUGCCAAAACAUUAACUGUACCACAACUCGCUUACUUGCGGGAGCAAUUUAAUUUGUUGGGGCCGAGCAAAAAUGGAUAUAUCUCGAUGCAGAAUUACAAAACAGCAAUCCUGAAGAGCUCGACAGAGGCUACAAAGGAUUCAAGAGUCUUGGAUUUUGUACACAUGAUUAGCUGUCUUCAGUACAAGAAACUAGACUUUGAAGAGUUUUGCGCUUCGGCUUUAAGUGUUUAUCAGCUAGAAGCAAUGGAAACUUGGGAGCAACACGCACGCCGUGCAUAUGAGUUGUUUGAGAAAGAUGGAAACAGAGUCAUCAUGAUUGAGGAACUUGCAUCGGAACUCGGACUCGGUCCGUCAGUCCCUGUUCAGGUUGUUCUUCAGGAUUGGAUAAGACAUUCUGAUGGCAAGCUUAGUUUCUUGGGUUUUGUCAGACUCUUACACGGCGUGUCCUCUCGGACAUUGCAGAAAGCGUAGAGGAGCUUCUCUCCUUAACUCACACAUCUACUUCUCCUUGGAUCUUAAAGGGCCUGCCUUUAGGACAGGAACCUUACACCAAGUCUAAAGAUUAUGACCUUAAGGUAACCUGAAAGGAACUCGUAAUAAAAUAGGCUGUUGCAGAGAGCUACCACACUGUCAGAUGAAGUUGCAGCCUAGGGAUAGCUCUGGUUCGAUCUGGGUUUCGUUUUGUUACGUUUCUUGCUAGUCCUUUUUUUGUCUGUUUGGUAAAGAUUGAGUCUUUAAGAUUUAAGAAUGGUGUUGUACAGAAGAAGAAAUACCCGAAUCUCCAUUAAAGAUGGUCCCUUUCUACGUCCUUGUUCCAAUGUUGUCCAUCUAUGGCUUUAGGCUAAGGGGCUUUCUUUCUCUUUUGUAAUAAGAACACAUCUCAGUAAUCACCUUAACAAAGGUUUAUGAUGAACAAA